AUGUCAAUGAUAUCUCGCAAGGGACUUGCAAUUGCAGCCGUCACGCUGCUGGCGCUGUUCGUCGUUGUGAUGCCAAGCCCAGUUUCCGCACGUGAUUCCCUCGAAUGUGAAAAGGUCUGGACGGGGCCAAGCAGCACAAAUGAUGUAUUUGCUUGUUUGUCCGAUGUAAAUCGUAUCAAGGCCCAGUGGCGCUACUAUGUGUUUCCGGCCAUCAGUGCUCUGCUUUUUCUUGUAAUUUUGAUAACUUUCCCCAUUGUCUUUCUGUGUGUGUGCUGUUGCCGUUGCUGUUCUUGUUGUAAGCGACGCGAUGCGCACGUCACAGCGAAUUCCCGCUGCUUUCUCUGGAUGUGGAUAGCGUACGCCAUACUGUGGUGUUGUGGUAUGGGCAUACUCGUUAUCUAUGGUGCCCAACUUGUUGCGAUUGCACUUCCUGCCGUGUUUGACGAUACAAUGGAUGGACCACUGAAGUACUUCAAUUACACAGCAGACAAGCUCAUUGAUUUCACGUCUAACUGGUCUACAGGUGAGCGUAAACCAUUGGCUGGUAUCGACCUGGAUACUGAGGUUUUCGCUAACAUCAGCAAUACGGUUGCAGAUUAUCUAACAGAUAUCAGAGACAUGAUCUCCGGGUACUUGAAAUGGGUACCAAUUGUCUCGUACUGCAUAGGUGGGGUGGGUGUUGUUCUGAUGUUCCUCAUGAUAUUCCUUGCCUGCUGUCGCUGCUGCGUCCCAUGCCUGCCAAUGGGCUUAUCUUGUGUAUACUGGAUCUUUGGAGUUGUGUACUCACUUCUUGGUUUUGCUGCUAUUCUACUUGCAUACGUGGCUACUGUUGGCUGUGGUGAAAUUGAAUUGCAGUACAACCGAGAACCAGGUGUGCUUCAGUGGUUUCUUGUGCCUUAUUGUCAAGAAACGUUUGACUUCUCAACCAUUAACACUGCCGUUCGUGAUGCGGAGAAGCUUCUUUCCGAGCAAUCCUGCAAUGCCCUACUGCAUCUAUGUGAUGAUUCCCCAUCGCCCCUUACCCGGCCUCUCACCUGUGGUAAAGGCAUCACUUCCCCCAAUGAUUGUCCAGAUAUUGGCACCAUGGCAGCUGUAUUGGAAGACACUUAUGUGAAGGCCGGUACCACAGCAUGCCCUGACAAAGACAAACCAUGUUCGCUGAUAGAAUGCGCGGUCAAUUGUACUAUUGAAGAAGUGAGGACAAUUGCAAGCGGAUUGCUCUCUUUUGCUACAGUGGCAAGUAAUGCAAGUAUUGCUGUCUCGUACGCCAGGCCUUUGUUGGAAUGCAAUUUUGUGGUGGAUCGGCUGCUAAGUGCCAUGGAUUCCUGUAAUGAUCUCAAGAUAGGGUCUUUGAUGCUUGGUACGGGAUUCUUUCUUGGUGGAUUAAUGUUCGGUCUUGCCAUCUACAUUAUGUUCCGCGGUUCCUGUGUGUGGAGAAAGCCAAAGGGUGCGAAAUAA